UUACAGAGGUUGAACAUAAUGAUAGAUGCUGCAUCUGCACUGGAAUACCUACACCAUGGUUAUUCAAUACCAAUUGUGCACUGUGAUAUGAAGCCAAGUAAUAUACUACUGGAUGAUGAUAUGGUUGCACAUGUUGCUGAUUUUGGAAUUGCAAAACUCUUGGGUGGAGGAGAUUCUAUUACCCAAACCAUGACUCUAGCCACUGUUGGGUAUAUGGCUCCAGAGUAUGGAUUGGAAGGAAUGGUUUCAACAAGAGGGGAUGUGUAUAGUUUCGGAAUUGUAGUGAUGGAAACAUUCACAAAAAGGAAGCCAACAGAUGAGAUGUUUGAUGGGGAAAUGAAUAUAAAGCAAUGGAUUGCAAACUCACUAGUAUUACCGGAUGCAAAGAUAGAUGAAGUUGUAGAUGCCAAUUUGCUUGGGAUUGGGACAGAGCAGGAAGAUGAUGAUCAUGUGAGGAAGAGGGAUUGCAUAUCAACCAUUAUGAGAUUAGCUCUUACUUGCUGUGCAGAAUCACCAGAAGAGAGGAUAAGUAUGAAAGAAGCUGUAGCCACACUCAACAAAAUCAAGACAAAGUUUUUGAAGGUCGCCGCUACGAGAAGAGGUGUGCUGUUAAACCAUCCUCUUGUUCAGCAACGCUUCAAUUAAUGGGUCCUAUCCUAUGACAUGUAUUUCAUGCACUUUGAUUUGAUUCAAUUUCAAGUCUUUAAUUUAGACAAUGUAGAGGAAG